AUGUCUGACCAAGUCGGAGAAGCCGUUCCCGCCGCCCAGCGCAGCAGCUGGACAUCGUUUCUCAGAACGAUCGCCUCUUUUUCAGGAGACCUCUCAUCGAUGACUGCGCCGCCAUUUAUCCUGUCGCCCGUAUCCCUUACGGAAUUCCCUGCAUACUGGUGUGAACGUCCAGAAUUAUUUGCCGCCAUUUCAGAUGCGGCGACGGAUGAGGAGCGCGCACUUGCUGUACUUGAGUGGUUCAUCAGCACCCUCAAAGGUCAGUAUACCUCACGAAAUGAAUCUAUGGGCUCUGAGAAGAAACCAUUGAAUCCGGUUCUUGGAGAGUUGUUCUAUGGUCAAUGGCCUGAUCGAAACGGACGUGGUCGGACGGAUCUGUUGGUUGAGCAAGUUUCGCACCAUCCACCCAUAACCGCGUAUGUUAUCCAAAACAAGAGCAAGGGCGUCAAGUUGGUAGGACACAACGCCCAGAAGACCAGUUUCAGUGGAGGUUCCAUCAUCGUCAAGCAAAUCGGACAUGCGAUCCUUACCGUAACGCCUCCAUCUGGAAAACCCAUUGAGUAUCUCAUCACGCUUCCUCGAUUACGGAUAGACGGCCUGUGGUACGGCUCACCCUAUAUCGAGCUUGCGGAGAACACCUACAUCAUCGGGGGCAACUACGUCGCGACGAUCGAUUACAAGGGCCGAGGUUACUUCACAGGUAAAUCUCACUCAUUUAAGGCCAUCCUUACUCCAGUACCUGGGUGUGGUGGCGGGGGGAAAGAUCACGUCAUCGAAGGGCUGUGGCAUACAAUUAGCAAGUUUAUUGGUGGUCCUCGAUCUGGAAGGGAGUUCCACGAUGUCACGGGCCCGAAGGAGGAGGUAACAGUUAUUGGUGGUGAGGAAGGCGGUGAGAUGGGGGAGUUUGAGAGCAGAAAGUUGUGGAAUCUGGUAGCGAAAGGUAUCAGAGAAGGCGAUUUCGAGCUCGCGAGUAGGGAAAAGACAAAGAUUGAGAAUGAUCAAAGGCAAAGGAGGAAGGACGAAAUUGCUGCCAAGACCACUUGGAAGCUUAAACAUUUUGAGCAUAUCGAUAAUGACCCUACCUACGAACGACUAGGGAGGAUUGCAAAGAUCAGUCCUCCUACAGAAGAUGCUUAUGUCUUCCAGGACACUUGGCCUACAUCUGGCUAG